AUGGCCGGAGUCCUAGUUGACGUUCUACUGGAGCGUUUGGCUGCUCUCGCCCUUGACAAGAUCGAACAAGAGAUGAAGCUGGUGGUCGGGGUCAAGCAAGAAAUCAAAAAUCUCACCGAGAAACUCGAAGCUAUUCACGCUGUGCUGGAGGACGCAGAGCAGAGGCAAGAGAUGGAUACCAGCGUGAAGCUUUGGCUGAAUAAGCUAAAUGAUGUUUCCUUCGACAUGGAUGAUGUGCUGGAUGAGUGGAUCACUAAAGUUCUCAGACGUCAACUGGAGAAACAAGAAAAACAAAGCUCAAAAGCUCUUAGUAAUAAGAAGAAGGUAUGCUUCCCUUUUCCUUCCUCUUGCUUUCGCUUCGGCAAAGUCGAUUAUCCGUUAUUUCUUCGUCAUGAAAUUGCUGCGAAGAUAAAGGAACUGAAUGAAAGAUUAGCUUUGAUCGAUCAAAACAAACAAAGUUUUAACUUUCAAACCACCACAAGGGCAGUCCCUGAACUACCUCAAAGACCAAAAACUACUUCUCUUCCCCAUAUUAGAACAUUUGGUCGAGAAAAUGAAAAAAAUCUCAUCAUUAGCAAGCUGCUAAGUGAGAGUAGUGAAGAAAACGAGGUUCCUCUGAUCAUCCCUAUUGUAGGGAUGGGGGGUAUGGGGAAAACAACUCUUGCCCAAAUUGUCUAUAAUGAUGAUAAGAUCAAAUCUCAUUUUGACAAGAACAUAUGGGUAUGUGUUUCAGACCCUUUUGAAGAGAUCAAAAUUGCUAAAGCUAUCAUUGAAGGUCUAGAUAGAAAUAAUACCUCAAAUGAGUUGCAAACUCUUACACAGUGCAUAUAUAAAUUGCUAUGUGCUAUGGGUAGUAGGGUAUUAGUGACCACUCGAAAUGAGAAUGUUGCUACUUUUAUGAAAGCAAGAACUCAAAUGAUCCUUUUGAAGGAGUUGAGUGAAGCAUUUUGUUUGUUACUGUUCUACUACAGUGCAGACAUGGAUGAGAGUAGUGUGUCUAAAGAGUUUAAAGAUAUGGGGUUAGAGAUUGUGAAACGGUGCAAUGGGUUGCCUCUUGCUGCAAAGACAUUAGGAAGCCUCAUGCGCAAUAAGAAAAAAAUUCAGGAAUGGCAAGCUGUUUUAAAGAGUGAAACAUGGGAACUAAAAGAGAUACAACAAGAUGUUUUUCGACCACUACUACUAAGUUAUCAUGACUUGACUCUAGCAACUAAACGAUGUCUUUUGUAUUGUGUUAUAUUUCCAAAAGAUUACGUUUAUGAUAAGGAUCAAUUGAUUGAGUUGUGGAUGUCACAAGAUUAUCUGCAUGUCAAAGGAAACAAAGAAUGGAGGAUAGUCGGUCAAAAUUAUUUUGAUGAUUUGGUGUUGCGGUCAUUCUUUCAAGAUAUUAAUAUCGAUGAUGAGAGUUAUGGAGGUUAUGAAAAUGUAACAUGCAAAAUUCAUGAUAUUGUACAUGACUUUCUGCAAUAUUUGACCGAAAAUGAAAUCAAACGUCUUGAGUUUGAUGCUAGCGAGAGAGAGGAGGUGUCAAAUGAUAAAAUUCAUCAUUUGACCUUGGUACAUGCAUCUGACUCUUUUUUAGAUUGUCUGCUCAGUUAUAAAAGAUUACGUACCUUCACUGUUCUAAUAGACAAGCCCAUUCUUUCAGGUCAGCUAAUGUUUGACUUGAUUGUAGAAUUGAAAAGCCUUAGAACAUUAACCUUAUUGGAUAAUCGAAGAAAUCUGUCCAUUCCCAAGAAGAUAGGUGAAUUGAUACAUUUGAGGUAUCUUGAUUUAUCCGGUAAUAGUAAAUUGAAAGAAUUACCGAGCGUCAUUGGUAGCUUAUACAACCUGCAAACCUUGCGACUUUAUGGUUGCCAGAGUCUCGAGGAAAUAGAUGUGCGAAGGCUAAUUAACUUGAGGCAUCUUCAUCUUCGAGGCUGUUCCGUAAGGUUAAUCAAAGGGAUUGAGAAAUUAAGAGAUCUACAAACGCUAGAUGUGUUUCGUGUCGGAGCUGUUGAAGGAAACAAGUUGGAAGAUCUGAAAGACUUGAACCAGCUUCAAGGGAGUCUUGAGAUUGAGAUUACGGGGAAUCCAAAGAUGGCGGAGAAUGCAGCAAUUCUGGUGAAUAAGCCUCACCUCUUGGAAUUGAAUCUACUGUUCCCUCUUGGUGGAAACCUUGAUCCAGGUUUGGGUAGAGAAAUUAUGAAUGGGUUAGAGCCGCAUCCAGGUUUGGAAUCUUUAACCAUCUGGAGGUAUAAAGCCGAGGCCUUCUCCCCAUGGUUGUCGUCUUUACACAGCCUGAGAGUGCUCUCCCUUGAAGUUUGCGAUUGUCAGGUUUUGCCUUCUUUAGGGAAACUGGCGUCCCUUGAAUCAUUGACUAUUCGGGGUCUCCAUGGAGUUGAGAAGGUAGGAGUUGAGUUUUUGGGAAUAGAACUAGGGAAAACCUCGUCAUCUUCCAUUUUCAUAUCAUUCCCCAAGCUGAAGAAACUCACCAUCGAAUCCAUGUGGUCAUGGGAAGAGUGGGAAGGAGUGGAAGAGGAGAACUCUGAGAAGAUUACAAUCAUGCCAUGCCUUUCUGAAUUGACAGUGUAUGGCUGUCAGGAGCUAAAAGCACUGCCGGACUUCCUGUGGAAGACACCACUACAGAAGUUGCGCAUCAGCAGCUCUCCCAUUCUCGAAAACCUUUACAGAGAAGAAACAGGCGAGCAGUGGGCCAAGAUUUCUCACAUCCCGAACACCAAAGUUGGAUGAAUUGGUGGCGCAUUGAUUUCCUGAAUUGUAACAGGCUACUCGUACAGUUCACAUUCAGAAUGGCAUUGGAGACUUGGACUUGUCAAGCUGAUGGCAUCCUAAUUUGCUUUUAUCAGAGGGAGAGGCUGGAGAAGCUGAAGCAGAAGGCCCGAGAAAUGAGAAAGUAAUUGCUGAUAAGUACAUGGGGAACCUUUGCUGGGAGUUAUCAGAGUCUGCUCUGCACAG